AUGUCUGGACGGGUUGCUAGUUUCUGUGGUCGAAUGCCUCCGGCGGCUGGGGCUCCGCCCCAGACCCUGGUUGCUACUGCUUCGCAGGAGUUGCUGGGUCUGAGACGCUACGACUCGAGCGUAGCGAGAGGAGCAGUGGGGGUCUGGGGCGCAGCCCCAGCCGCCGGAGGCAGGUCUUCAGUAGACGUCAGGUUACUAACAGAGCUCAGGUGUGGUGUUAUUGGCCUUCUUUUGGCAGACCCUAUGGGCAUUGCCAGUGCCGAGUUGUUGGAAGGUACUCAUUAUCUUCAGCACCGAGGUCAGGAUGCCGCUGGUAUCAUCACCAGUGGUCCUGGCGGCCGUCUUUACAUGUGUAAGGGCAAUGGCAUGGCCAGAGACGUUUUCACCCAGUCGAAGAUGAACGGCCUUGUGGGUAACAUGGGUAUCGGCCAUUUGAGAUAUCCUACAGCUGGUGGAUUUGCCAACUCCGAGGCUCAACCGUUUUACGUCAACUCGCCUUAUGGCUUAGUACUUUCUCACAAUGGUAACUUGGUCAAUGCACCGGCUUUAAAAAAGUAUCUCGAUGAGGAUGUUCAUCGUCAUAUUAACACAGACUCGGAUUCUGAGUUGCUUCUUAAUGUGUUUGCCAGUAAACUGCAAGAGACCAACAAAGUGAGAAUCAACGAUAAGGAUAUUUUCACUGCUCUUAAGGGUGUUUACGAGAUGGUUCGUGGUGCUUAUGCUUGUGCUGGUAUGCUGGCUGGAUAUGGUAUUAUCGGAUUCAGAGACCCUCACGGCAUUCGUCCUUUGGUUCUCGGAUCGAGAACUCGUAAGGACGGUAAGAAGGAUUAUAUGCUUGCCAGUGAAAGUAUAGCAUUAGAUGCCAUGGGUUUUAAGGAAUGGUUCGAUAUUAAGCCAGGUCAGGCGGUUAUCAUUGACAAGCACAAUAUGACGCCGGUUCUGCAACAGAUCGUGCCUGCUGAGGCCUAUACGCCAGAUAUCUUCGAAUAUGUCUACUUUGCCCGACCCGAUAGUGUUAUGGAUGGGAUUUCUGUCUACAGAUCUCGGUUGGCAAUGGGUGAUAGUCUGGCUAAGAACAUUAUUAAGAGAUAUGGAGGUCUUGAUAAGGUCAAGGAGGCCAUUGAUGUGGUUAUUCCUGUGCCUGACACAUCUCGUCACUCGGCCUUACAAGCUGCUGUGACUCUGGACCUCCCCUAUAGAGAGGGUUUCAUUAAGAACAGAUACGUUGGAAGAACGUUUAUCAUGCCCAACCAACAAGAGCGUCGGUCGAGUGUGCGUCGUAAGCUGAACGCCAUGAGCCUUGAAUUCUCGGGUCGCAAUGUUCUGCUUGUAGACGACUCGAUUGUACGUGGUACCACAUCUAAAGAAAUCGUGCAAAUGGCCAAAGAAGCCGGUGCUAAAAAGGUAUUUUUCGCGUCGUGUGCACCUGCCAUCCGUCACAACCACAUUUACGGGAUCGAUCUCGCCGAUACGAAGGCUCUUGUCGCAUAUGAUCGAGAUGAGGAGUCUAUUUCAAAGGAAAUCGGUGCUGACGGGGUUUUCUACCAAGACCUCGACGACCUGAUUGCUGCCUGUAACGAGUCAUCCCACAGCGGAGCCCACCAAGUCAACGUUGAGGGCUACGAAGUCGGUGUAUUCACCGGUAACUACAUCACAGGCGUUGAAGAAAGCUACCUCAGCUACCUUGAGGAAAUCAGAGGCAAGAACCAACGUCUAAAAGAACUCGGCGAUCGUGCCGACACCGCUGUAUCGCAAGUGCUCGGUGAAGCCAAGGCCGAGGUCGAUAUCGGCCUCUACAACCAGGGCGACUAA